AUGGAAGUAACGGGACAACCUUCACUAGUGGAAAAGAAAGAACCACCACGAGAGCUCGGUCUUUAUCAAGUCUUUCCAGAUCCAAAAAAUGUCGAAGAAACGGAAAAGAAAGUCGUGGAUAUUGUUGCUAUCCACGGCCUGGAUACACGAUCCCCUACAACCUGGAUAGCCUGGAAGAUAGAUGGAGAUCGCAACUCAGGAGAUGUCCAUUGGUUAAAGGACGAAGAAAUGUUGCCCAAAUUCCUACCGAAUUGUCGUAUGUUGACAUAUGACUGGAACGCAAACAUCGACAAGGAUGCCGAAACCGAGAGUCUGCUUGGGCAUGCUGACAAGUUACUGCUCAAGCUCAGCAUAGAAAUCUCCAAGCAAAAGAAACGUCGGCCAAUACUAUUCGUCGCCUCUUGUUUUGGAGGACUGCUACUAGCCAAGGCCUUGCUCCUAGCUUCCGAGCCAUUUGGAGAGUACCAGGAUAUUUACAGUCUCACCAUUGGUGCAAUCUUCCUUGGAACUCCUUUUCAAGGAACCCAUGAAGGCUUUUGUACAGCCGCUGACCUACGUGUUUCUGUGGCGAUGGCAUCAGGCGCCGCGACUACCAAGGAGCUACUGGCCUAUCUUGAAAGCGAGCCGAAUGAACGUAAUGAACUUGAUCAACUGGUGGAGAGGUUCUCCAUCAUGAUCAAUCACGACGACUUCAAGAUCCCAAUAAGAUGUUUCUACGAAACUCAACCCACAGACUUUACCAAGAUCAUCAAGGAUUUGCCUAGCAGUUUUGUCAAACGCCUUGGUGGCAUGGAGCAGGGAAUUCUGGUCCCCAAGAGUUCAGCCUCUUUGCGGGGUCAUCCAGCACACUCACUCAGUACUCGACACUCCAUGCUGAGCAAGUUUUCAGGGCCUAAGCAAGACGCCUUUGAAACUGUCUAUUUCAUCAUGUCGAAGCUCGUAGAUAAUGGAUUAGCCAAACGUCAGGGUCAAACGGAAAUGUCCCUAGCCUUGCAGCGUGACCAAAUGGGUUGGAGUAUCGCUAGAUGGAUGAAGCAGUGCAGACUGAAUAAGUCCGACGGCGAGAUUGAUGCUCUUGUCUGGAAGGCUAGGAAACUAGGGGGCCUUGCUGAUUCGCAAGAGCAACAUCCUGGGUCCAUUAUAAAUGACUUUUCUCCAACCACGCGACUGAAGGUUCAGCGAGGUCUUCAAGGUCUCAACUUCGCCCUGGGUAUUAUAGGAACAGCAGCUACGCAUGCAGAAGCCCUUCUCAAAAGCGAUACUGACAUAUUCAACACCGAUGUCAGCAUCAACCUUGUCCACGAUAUCGAGAUAAAGGUUAACGAUAUUUGCGACGAUUUCGAGGAUGAAAUUCUGCUAAAUCCGAAGGUGAACCUUGAUAAGGCCCUACGUGAUGAUGUUGCAGCUGCUGUUGAAGCGAAACAAUCCAUCAGCUUAAGGCAGUCCAUUUUGGACCCAAUCGGAGAUUCCAAUGUUGAGGAGCUCACCGAGAACAGCAUUCAAUUUUCCGUGGCUGAUCUUUCCAAGCCGGUCCGAGACCGGUUUACAUUCGGGGCCAUUGCUGGAAAAAGGGUGCUUGUCGAGAGCUUCAGUUACAAGCCGCUGGACAAUUCAACUGAACCAAGCCCACAGACAUUAUAUAUGGUAAAGAGGAUGGUGUCGCGGCUGUCACAUUCAAGGAGAACAAGUCGAUAUGUUCUUCCAUGUGUCGGAUAUGUCGAAAACAGAUAUACAAAACAAAUUGGCAUCGUGUUUGAGGUUGGCGAGAGUGUAGAGUCUACGCAGCGUCCAGCUCCACUGACGGCGCUCUACAGCAAACAGGCUAGAAGUCCUCUUGGCUUCCGCAUUCGACUUGCUUAUUCUUUGGCAGUGGCUUUAGAUGGACUACACCGUGUCGGAUGGGUGCACAAAGAGUUUAAAAGCCCAAAUCUUAUCUUCCUAGCCGACAAGCCAUAUACCAUCAGCCCUGAUAUCAAGACCGCCAGCGCUGUUCGUCCAUACACAGGCGCUCCGUAUCUGUUUGGUUUUGAGUGGUCUCGCCCAGAGGAUGCUGAGACGGACAUGACCUCGGACUUUUCCAAAAAGGGUAAUGCCUAUCGUCACCCGGAUCGCUGGGGUAGACCCCGAGUUAAGUUUUCCAAAGCUCAUGAUAUUUACUCCCUGGGCGUAGUCCUUCUCGAACUUGUUUUUUGGAAGAAUAUUAUCGAGACCAAGGUGAUGACAACAGCUGAUGGCCGGGAUGAUCCGGACGAGAUCAAAGGUCAAAUGCUGAAGUUUUUGAGAAAGGACGCUCCUCAUAUGGUUGGGCAAGCUUUCGCCGGCGUUAUUGAGACAUGCUUGACCUUUGAAGAGGCUACUCGGGGCUACGAUGAGCUGGCCGCACAUCAAGAAUUCAGGGCAAAAGUACUGGAUGUGUUACGACGACUGGCAGACGCUAAGAUUUAG